GCGGGCGAGCUGCGUCUCCGCCAGCAUCUGCCGCUGCCGCGUUUGCCCGAAGCCCGGGGACCGAUCGCCGGACUGGCCGCCUGGCGCACGGACGCAGGCGCCCGCUUUGUGCUCAGGGCCAGCUUCGGCUAGGCUCGGGUUUGCAGCGUGCUGCUUCUCGCCCGCUCACGGACACCCGCUCCGGCGGCCUCGGCUCGCGAGGGGCUGGAGGUGCGGGAGCCGCUUUCCGCUGGUCGGUCCCCGCGCGGCUGAGCCCGGGCCGCCCGCGCCGCGGCCCCGAGCUCAGCUCCUUGCCGGGCUUGCUCCGAGCAACGGUGCUCCGGGGCUCCAAACUCGGGCUGCCGGGGCAAGUGUCUUCAUGAACCCAGAGGAUGUCCGGGAAGCACUACAAGGGUCCUGAAGUCAGUUGUUGCAUCAAAUACUUCAUUUUUGGCUUCAAUGUCAUAUUCUGGUUUUUGGGAAUAGCAUUUCUUGGAAUUGGACUGUGGGCGUGGAAUGAAAAAGGAGUUCUGUCCAACAUCUCGUCCAUCACCGAUCUUGGUGGCUUUGACCCAGUGUGGCUCUUCCUUGUGGUCGGAGGAGUGAUGUUCAUUUUGGGAUUUGCAGGGUGCAUAGGAGCACUAAGGGAAAACACUUUCCUUCUCAAAUUUUUUUCUGUGUUCCUGGGAAUUAUUUUCUUCCUGGAGCUUACUGCUGGGGUUUUGGCAUUUGUUUUCAAAGACUGGAUCAAAGACCAGCUGUAUUUCUUUAUAAACAACAACAUCAGAGCGUACAGGGAUGACAUUGAUUUGCAAAACCUUAUAGACUUCACCCAGGAAUAUUGGCAGUGCUGUGGGGCUUUUGGAGCUGAUGAUUGGAACCUAAAUAUUUACUUCAAUUGCACAGAUUCCAAUGCAAGUCGAGAGCGCUGCGGCGUGCCGUUCUCCUGCUGUACUAAAGACCCGGCGGAAGAUGUCAUCAAUACUCAGUGUGGCUACGAUGCCAGGCAAAAACCAGAAGUUGACCAGCAGAUUGUAAUCUACACAAAAGGCUGUGUGCCCCAGUUUGAGAAGUGGCUGCAGGACAAUUUAACCAUCGUGGCUGGUAUUUUCAUAGGCAUUGCAUUGCUGCAGAUUUUUGGGAUAUGCCUGGCCCAGAAUUUGGUUAGUGAUAUUGAAGCUGUCAGGGCUAGCUGGUAGAGCCCCUGCAACAGCUGCUGCAAGACACUGGACUGACCCAGCCUUCAUCACCCUCCCGCGUGCCGAACUUAUAUGCAAGCUGUGUGCACCUCGACACACAGGCAUCCUGCAAUCCCACCUAAUGGAGCUGCCAAGAACUUGUUUCUUUUUGGGGGGGGGUAAAACUGGAUAAUGCUGCUCACUGACAGAAAAAAAAAUUUUUUUUUUUAAUAAGAUAGCCAGAACGAAAGUCAUUGCGCCGUGAAUCUCUACUGUAGCCAUGAAUUUAUGGAUGGAUGGAUGCUUACCAAAAAGGAAAUCAAGGCAGGGUGGGGCACCCAGAGGUACAUGAAUCGGUGGAGAACACAGCCCUGUCCUCCACUUCAGUCACUGGAGGACUGGGAGAGAGAGUUUUGCUUUUCGUCCCACCUUGGAGAGACUGCCUUGUGUUCCGUGGCCUAAUGAAGUACAUCUUUGCUCAAACUCAGCCCCUUCCUUACCUGGAGGGCAGUGGUGUUUUGGCAUCCCUCCGUGUACAUUUCAGGGAACUGUUGCCACUGUCGUCUGAAGAGGAAGACAGCUUGCCUUUGGGUUGAGGGUUUGUGACCGUGUUGAGCAGGUAAUGUGGGUGGUGCUCGUGGUCCGUCCUGGAGCAUCUCUUAAGAAAGUUGUGUAUUCCAUGUGCACCGAGCAAGCCUUGGAGACUUCAUAAUGCCGUAUUUUAGCAGGACCACUCUUUUUUCUAAGUAGGCCUGAGCUUUAUUUAUCAGUGACAUCCAAGGAGAAAAUGAGGUUAAUGAGAGGUGUUAAUUAAACACUCCCUCACCCCACCCUACCAAAUUAGUGGUUGGAUUCUUUGGAAACUCUGGAAUAUUCUGGGUUAUGUUGUUUUGUUUUGAGUUUUGUUAUUGUUCUUUUUUUUUUCUUGGUCUCCCAAAGGUGAAGGCUAUGAUAUAGUCCCUCUUAAAUUUUAAAGUGAUUUUUUUAACUUGGCUCAAAUAUUAAUUUUGUUUGUAUAAUCUUAACCUGCAUGACCUGUGAUUCUAAAUCCAUCUCCUGUUCCUGCCAUCUUUCCUACUGACCUUUUAAAAUAUUGGUCGGCAUUUAUUUCAGAAUAGGCCAUAGGUUCCCAGCGUUGGGAGAUCAUGGCAUGUUGUCCCAGCCCGGCUGGGAAGAGACGGGCUGUGCCAUCACAAAGCUCAUGGACUCCACCAUCUCUUCCAUUGCCAAUUUUGGUGCCCCAUCCUCUGCACCUUUCUGCUUCUUUCUCUCUGAGUGGAAUUAAACCCAAUUCCAAAACAGUGUUGUCACAAUCAAAAAGCUUCUAAUGAUUUUUUUUUCCCUUCUUCCUCCUUGCAGUUUAGUUUGAUUAAAAAGUUAGUGCAUGGCCAGAGCUCCUCUGUCCUUUUUGCUUCCUCACCAUCAAAAUGGUAACAAAGCACAAAAAUACUUUGGAGGGGGAGUGCAUUGAAGAGGGCAAGUGUUCUUUGACACAAAGAGGAAAACCACUUCCAGGUGCUGCCGCCCCUGCCCUCCACUUCAGAUGGGAGGGCAAGUUUUGCUCCCCCCAGAUUUUAAUCCAGCUGGUGUCCCCCGGAUGUUGCUCUUUGGUCUGUUGGAGCACUGGGAAAACCACAAGCCUAUUUUACAGUGGCGACACGUUUGUCAGCUCAUAGAUGGGCUGCCAGCUAGCAUACUUUGUGGAAAUUUAGCACAGUUUUCCACUUGAGCCCCAUGUGGCAUUGUGGUGGCUGAUGAAUGUGUCAGUCUGCUUAGAGAAAGGACAGAUUCUUCUAAAAUCUUGUCUCCACAAUUUGGAUGUGUGUAUGACUCUGCAUGUGUGUGUCUGUGUCUCUGUACAGGUAGAGAUGUUCAGUCCGUAUUCUGGAUGUAAGAGUAUCUUAUUUCAUUCUCGCCCAUCCCACGGUUGUCAUUUUGUAACGUCCUUCCAACAUGGAGAAGACUUGAGCUCUCCAAUUGGCACUUUUGUCUUUUUUAUUACCUCAUUCUCCAGUGAACUCCAUCUGACCAGUUGAUUCAGAAUCAGGCAAGAUCCCCACCCUUUUGGCACAGCCAGUGAAAGGCCAAACAGCAAGUCCAAGUGAGUUUUAAAUUUUAAUUAAUCACCCUUUAUUUUUUACACUUGAGAGUGAUUGUAAUAAAGGCUGUCAUUAAUAAACUUGGUUCUACCUGA